AAUGGUCAAAUUUCUCAUAUUUUUAUGUUUCAAUACAAUAGAAUUAUAUCUCCAUCUAGUAGAAUUAGCGCCCACAGCUAUUCCCCAUUCCUCGUUGAAUAAUGACCAUAGCACUGACGGUCACAGCAAUCUAGGCAGGUCGCCAGCCUCUAUUGGAAACAGUGAUCCUGCUCUCGAUCCUCCUCACAUCAGCCCAGCCGAGCUUCCAUACACCAUUACCAUCUCAUGGGUACCAAACACGCGUCUCCAGACAUGAAGUGACACAUCGUCCUCAUGUCCUCAACCCUCACUAUCAAGGAGGCUGCACAAAUUGCCCAUCUCGGUGACUGCAGAGUUGCCGCAUUCUCUCAGCUCACCAGCAAGGGACCUCUUUGAUAAAGUUGGCAACCGUGGGUGUAGUCGCGAACUUGACAACUAGGAUCUGGAUGUGAGUAUGGUGUUUCUGUCUCCCACCGGCUCAGCCUGAAGCAACGAGGCUUCACAUACAUCAGCAAGCACUGUUGGAAUGCUUGCUGGGGUGUUUUCAGGAGCGGGUGCGGGGCUAAUGGUCAUCAUUCCAGUGGGCGCGCUUGUCUUUGUUGAGAACAUGAUAGUUGACACACAGUCGCUGUUUCGGAGAGAAUCAAAGCAGGUGAGGAAAACUUGCUGAUUUCCAGAAC